AUGUACUCCAGUGUUUCCUUGCCUCCCACAUCUGAGGCACCUAAUAGCUCUCCCAUCCUGAAGAGUAGCUCUUUCAGCUUAAGGGCUAGUUCCCCAGCGACUCCAGACAAGCAUAUUAGCGUUUUGCCGCCUCUUACAUCCAAGGCGCCUGAUAGCUCUCCCAUUUUGAAGAGCUGUGCCUCUUCCUGCUGGAAGACUGGUUUCCCAGUGACUCCAGUCAAGCCUAGAGUAUCUACUGUUGGAUCACUGUCUGGUACAUAUGAGGCGCCAGCUAGCUCUCCCAUCCUGGGAAGUAGUUCCCCCAUAUCACGUAGCUCCCCCAUUGUGAGGGGUAGCUCUCCCACCGCGAACGCUUCACCCCUCUUUACCGCCAUAUUGGAUGAGGGUAACCCCAUACUAGAUAACAAAUCCAAUUCUCACAAGAGGCCGUAUGAAUACAGCUUGCUGCCAGAUCACGAUGAACUUGUGGACCGUGAGAACUUUCCCAUGAAAAAACCCAAGCUAUUGCUCACAACCGUACGUCUCCUUUGGCGCGCUUACCUGGAUGCAGUUCAAGAACUUAUACAUCGCAUGCUCGAACUCUCUCGUAUCAGCCAUCGGACUUUCGCUGCCAAGAUGGAAUAUCAGCGCCUACGCGCUGAAGAACUAGAGCUGAUCACGUCCCUCAUGAGAGACGAAAUGGAGGAGUCCCAGGCACAUUUGAAAAGGGCCGAUCUUCAAAUAGGUUCACUCCGGAACAGCCUUCACGAUGCAGGAGUGGCAGUAAUAGGGAACAAAGGGAGAAAGGAUGCCAAGGAGAGCGGAUAUAGCAGGAUGUUCCCUAGUCACGAUGACCACGAGGUUGAUGACAGCAGGGAGCCAUACAAUUCUUCGGUUUCUUCUGGAUGCGAUGGCAGUGUUGAUGGGAAGCAGACGGCAGGUGAGGAGUCAUAUUACUAA